AUGGUCGCUACCGCAUUUCGAGCAAGCGCCGGCAGCGCGAUCCGUCUCGCGACGACCGCUACUCGUAUGAUCAUGGUCCCUCGCCGCUUCGCCGACCCUCCCCCUCUAUCCUUCGCGCUCAGGUCCUCACUGCCGUCCGCUACACACCCCAGCGUCGACUCGACACUAAAACAGCUCAAGCUAUGCACACGGCGUCUGGAGGCAGCUUUCGCUUCCCACCGGGGUGAGCUACAGGUCCUCGAGAGAUUGUAUUAUAAGGGCAAAAACCAGCACCGCACCGCAAUCUUUUGGCGGAGAGUGGUCGAAAUGAGACGUUAUGGAGACAGACUGGAGGGAAUGGCCAUGUUCGAUCUCGUCGACCGUCUAAGGUGCGCGUUUUGGGGUGACCUCGCCCAGCAGAACCCAAAGGCUUUGAAAGGCCCUUGGUGCUAUUUCCCUGACGCCAAAUCGGUGCGUUUCGUCGUGCAGCGUUGUUAUGAAUGCUGUAGCCUGAUAGAUAAGAUACAAGAACGUUUGUCCGCUGCGUAUAGCAAUUUUACCCUUCUGAUGCAAACAGCUGCCUUUUUGCAGCUUAUUCUGACACUCGCCGCCAUUGCUUCUCGUCUGCGAAUAUUACUUACUGAAAUACGUGCCGCUACUGAGCAGGCCGGGAAUGCUUGUCACAAGUUGCUCCAGAGUCUCAGCCUCACUGAAGCAGGCAAGAUUCAGCAUCCAAAGGGUUAUGGUCCACAUACUGCGCGGGAAAUCCCGUUGAGAACCCAGUCAUCAACGCCUUCCGCGGAGAUCGCGAUGUCAGACGAUCUCGUUACCGAAGAUUUGGGUAGUGUACUGAGACGUUCAAAUCCUGAAAUGGAUGUAGCUGCAAGAGAUCAGUCUGUCGAUCACCCAAUCGACGCGAUUUCAUCCUCACUUGAGCUUGUUCGUGAUGAUGCACAGAUGGACGCAUUUGACAUGGCCUCGGCAACUACAGUUGUCACCCCGAGACGUAUCACAAUUUCGCGCAAUCCGGACAAGAUUUCUAGUGACAGUAGUCGUAUAGCUACCUCAGCAAAGCGGAAGCAAGUGGAAACUUCGAAGAAGAGCAUCAAAGCCAAGAAGAAGAGGAAGGAUGACAUUGACGACAUUUUCGGGUUUUAA